AUGGUCAUCAGGUUACGCUUGGCCAGGCACGGCGUUCGGGGCAAGCCGACGUACAGCAUCGUCGCCAUCCAGGCACGCAAAGCGAGGAACGCUCAGCCGAUCGAACAGAUUGGCACUUAUGAUCCCCUACCCGUACUCACCUACCCCCGCCCCACUUCACUACUCGAUCGGAGGAAAGCAGAAGACGGCGUGUGGGAGAAGAAGCUCGAGUUGAACGCUCAGCGAGCAAGCUGGUGGAUCUCUGUGGGCGCACAACCUUCAAAGACCGUUGCAAAGCUGCUCCUGCUCUCUGGUCUGACCAAACCUGGUCAGUUCAACAUUGGCGGCAUGCGAACAGACAUUGCGUCACCAUCGAGAGAGACAGAGACCCCAUCCAAAUCGAGCGUGAUAGGUCAAGCGACGACCGGCUCUCCCAAUCCUCAAGCGGGCCCGUCCUCACCUCUGCCUCCCGCUCAAGUGCAUCAGCCGAUUGAUACAGCUCCGAAUGAGGCUGCUUCUGCGAGCAACAGAGUCUUCCAGGAGACUUACAAGCCCCACAAACCGUCUGCUCGUGCUCGUGCUCGCGAGAGAUCAAGGAACUUUACACUCAGCAUUGCCCUGCCCGGCUCCAUCCUCCUCAACGCCCAAACGCCCGAACUACGCACCAUCCUUGCAGGCCAGAUUGCAAGAUCGUGUGCUAUCUUCAAUGUGGACGAGAUCAUCGUCUUCCAUGAGCCUACUUUCUCUCCAUCGUCCGAGAAUGGACACGAGCAAAAGAGGAUGAGGGGGAAGUACAGGCAGACGGCAGAGGAGGAGAGUCAGUCUACUGCUCAAGCAGACGAGAUGCUCGUCAAGAUCCUCACCUAUCUGGAAACACCCCAGUACCUGAGGAAAGCACUGAUACCCAUGCAUUCCGCAUUGAGGCAAGCCGGUAUAUUGCCACCCCUCGAUAUGCCGCACCAUCUCAGACGAGACGACCCGUCACCCUUCAGAGAAGCCGUCGUACUCUCCCACGAUGACGAUGGUCGCUCUGUUCAGAUAGAUAUUGGUCUGCGCGACCCUGUUCGCGCCAGAACAAAGUCGUCUGCCCUGCCCGAACGAGGCACUCGUGUCACUGCUCAUUACACCAAUGCAGAAUGGUCGCUCGUCUCGCCUCUGCUACCGAGAGAGCUACUGGGCAUAAGCUGGGGCUACAGAGUCAGACACGUCUCACAGAUCUCUCGCAUCUUUCUCGAUCCCGCACACGGUCAGCCGAACGAAGAAUACGAUCUCGUCAUCGGUACAUCCGAACGAGGCCAACCACUCCAAUCCGCUCUCGACAGCUUUCCUCCUCAUCCAAAACACGUCUUGAUCGUCCUGGGCGGUCUUGCUGGUCUAGAGCUCACGAUCGGGGCGGAUGAGGAUACUGGCUUGACAGCAGAGACUGCGCUCGAUCUCUUUGACCACUGGAUCAACCUCUGUCCGCACCAAGGCAGUCGAACAAUCCGUUCGGAAGAAGCCUUGCCAAUCGCUCUGGCAACCCUCGCGCCGUAUCUCGACAGUAUCUGA